UAUACAAAUUAUUUGAUUUAACUUUUUUUUGUUAAUUGGACAGAUGGCUUGUGGUAGUAGUAGUAGUAUGCCGGUUCUUGUGAGAAACAAGAAAGUUGCAAAAAAUGUUGCUGGUCAAAGACAAGAUGUGGGAUGGCAAUAUAGCACUCCCGUAAACGAUGGAUCAAGAAAGAUCAAGUGCAACUAUUGUCAUAAUGAGUAUAACGGCGGUGUUUUUUUCGAUUUAAGCAUCAUUUAGUAGGGACAAAUAGUAAUGUUGAACCCUGCAUAUCUGUUCCUGAUGAAGUUCGCAAUGAAAUGUGGACCAUUGUUCAUAAAUUGCAAACUCAACUCAUCAAGAAGAGAACUCUAAAUGAAGAUGUAGUAGAGGUUGAUGUAGAAGAUGGUAAAAGAAAAAAAUCUGACUCUUCAAGUCUUGCAAUUAUUUUCAAAAGGAGGAUAACUUCUCAGUCAACUAUCAAUGAUGCUUUUAAGAAAAAAGAAAAAGAGGAUACUGACCUACAAGUUUCAACUUAUUUUUACAACAAUUCUAUCUCCUUUAACGUUGUAAAAGAUGAAGAAUUUAUAAAGAUGUGUGAAAUGAUUGCCCGAUAUGGUAAAGGAUAUAAGCCACCAUCUUAUCAUGACAUUCGAGGUAAACAUUUAAAGACAAAAAUUGAGUCAAUAAAUAGCAUAUUGGUGGAGCAUAAAGUUGCUUGGAAAAAAUUUGGAUGUACAAUAAUGAAUGAUGGAUGGACUGAUCAAAAGAGGAGAACUAUCAUAAACUUUUUAGUCAAUAGUUCUAUGGGAACUUUCUUUUUAAAAUCAAAUGAUGCAUCUGGCAUUUCAAAGACAUCUGAUAAAGUUUUCAAAAUGCUGGAUGACAUCGUUAAGGAAGAGGGGGUAGAAAAUGUUGUUCAAAUUAUAACAGACAAUGCUGCAAACUACAAGUUGGCUGGACAAAUGUUGAUGGAAAAGAGGAAUAUGCUUUAUUGGACACCUUAUGUAGCUCAUUUUAUUGAUAUAAUGUUAGAGGAUUUUGAGAGCAAUAUACCUAUGCAUAAGGAGAUUAUUGCUUCGGGUAAAAAGAUCACAACUUACAUUUAUGCUAGGACGGGUCUUAUAACUUUGUUGCAUCAUUAUACUGCAGGAGGUGAAUUGAUAUGACCUGGUGUCACUCGCUUUGCAACAUCAUAUUUGUGUUUGGGUUGCUUGAAUGAUAAGAAGGGAGAAUUGUAUAGGAUGUUCACUUCUAAGGAAUGGAAGGAUAGUAAAUUUGCCAAGACAAAAGAUGGGAAAUUGGUUAAAAAUAUAGUCACAGAUAUGUAUUUUUGGAAGAAUUUGGUUAUUUGACUUAAGGGUGCUUUUCCAUUACUUAAAGUCUCACGUAUGGUGGAUUCUGAUGAGAAGCCAACCAUGGGCUAUAUCUAUGAAGCAAUGGAUCAAGCAAAAGAGCAAAUUCAAACUAGCUACAAUAUUAAGAAAAAAAGCUACCAACCUUUAUGGAAGAUUAUAGAUAACAUAUGGGACAAACAGUUGCAUAGGCCUUUGCAUGUUGCGGGUUACUAUCUUAAUCCAAUGUUGCAUUACAAACCUAAUUUCAAAGCAGAUAAUGAAGUUAAACAAGUGAUGUAUGCAUGUUUAGAAAGGAUGAUGGGAGGAGACAUGGGUAUGGUGAAUAAAAUUGAUGGUCAGCUUGAGAAUUUUAAGAGUAAAAAACGGUU